UCCGGCUCCGAAAAUGGAACCAAGGAAUUUGUAAACAAAUUAACUUUCACUUUUGAACGAAUUUGAGAUGUGACAAUUGCUUGCAUUGUUUGAUGUGAUACAAUGAAUGGUGUAAGGGUAUCUAAUAUACCUAUACAGCUUAGUGAGAAAUUAUUAAGAACAUAUUUUUCUGAUCCCUCACAUGGCGGUGGUGAAAUUAAAAGGAUUUAUUAUCCUUUAAUAAAUAACGAUGCUGUUAUUAUAUUUAACCGAGAAAUAACUGCUGUAACUGCUGUUACAAAGAAACAUGAAGAUAGAUCACACACUUUCUGUCUGACACCACUUCCUCAUGAGGUUUUUUCAAGCGUUGAUGUUCAUCUUGAACCUGGAUUAUCCACAUUUGUUUUGACUACAGAUGAUUACAUUAAGACACUCCAAGACUGGGGAUUGCGUGUAGGUACGGGGGUGAAAGGGCAUGAAAUCGUUACACUGUCUGGUAGUUGGUAUAAAAUAGAAUGGGCAUGGAAUUAUUUAAGCCAAAUAAUGGAGAAACAACAUGCCAUUCAUCAUCGCCUACAGGAACAGAUUAGUCAGGAUGAUUCAGACAUCUCAGAACUGUCUGAUAGAGAUGGUUCCCCACAAGAAGGAAAUCUUACUAAUGGUGCUGCUAGAGCCUCUGAACUCCGCGCCAGUGUCUCCACCUCUCAAACUAAAAGAAAAGAGGCACAGCAAAAUGAAAGAUUAAACCGAGGUGACAGAAGAGACCGGGAUGAGAGACAGCAUAGAGAUGAGGGAGAAGUCAGCAGUCAAAGACGAGAACGAACUGUUAGAGGGGCUCCCCAUGGGCGGGGUUAUGAAACUGAUCCAGGAAGAUAUAGACAAUCUGAUGAUGAAAGUGAUUUAGAUAUGAGGUCUGAUCAUAGAAGAUCAUCAAGAAAUUCUGAUCUUGCCCAACUUCAUGGUACCGCUCUGAUUAAGGAAAUAGAUGAACGGAAAAAUGCUGGAUUUUCCAUGACUUCUUCAGUUGAUGAGGAGAUGCUACAGAGAAGCUUGUCCAGGAACUCCCGUGCCAGAGAUGCCGAUACAACUUUUAAUCAUUUCACCAGUCUCCAGUCCACAGCAGGUGGUCUUCGUGAACCAACCAGGGAAUCUGACCACCAGCGAGAGAAUAGUCUUGAGCAAGGUCAUGGUGAUAGUUUAUUGGCCAGAGCUGAAAGUGGCCGAUCGUCAAUUCACGAUAGUCAAGAAACUUACAGAGUUUCACCAGAAUCAGAUGAGAAUUUGCACAGAAGUCAUCAAAGAACUGCUUCUGUCCAUAGAUCUCAUGAUGAAGGUGAAGAUGCAGAUAUCAGCGAUGCAGAGACUCUUCAAGAUCGUCAUUCUGUUGCAUCAGGUCACUCUGAAACACCUAGAAACAGUAUGAGAGAUAGUAGAUUGGCACAACCUAGUACCAGCACUGCGGCAGUUGAUCAACGGUACACUUAUUCAUCUAAUACGCGCAGAGCUGGAUCUCGUUACGGCGCUUCAGCACCUUAUGCUGAAGAGGAUGAAGUUCCUGAUGGGUACAGAUCUCAGUCUUAUAAAAUUGGAGAUCUCAACAUCAAGGUAUAUCUAGCAGAUAUCACUAAGGCUACAGCUGAAGCAAUAGUUAAUGCUGCCAAUCCAGAACUAAAGAACUGGUCAGGUGUUGCUAGAUCUAUCUCUAAAGCAGCAGGUGAAAUGAUGGAAAGAGAGUGUAUUGAAUAUAUUACUAAUCAUGGCCGUCUAGAAACUUGUAGUGUUAUGCACACCUCAUCUGGUGGACAAUUAAAACAGUUUAACUAUAUUCUUCAUACAGUUGGACCAAUCUACAUUGGAGAUAAUUAUAAGGCUGAUUGUUUCUUUCAACUGACGAAGACAUUCUUAAACUGUCUGAUUUAUGCAGACAAAAAACUUUUCUUGAAAUCUUUGGCUCUUCCAUUUAUUAGCACAGGAUUGUUCUCUAUACCAUUAGAAGAUUGUGUUGGCGCAUUUAUUGAUGCUGUGUUAAUCUUCCUCACUAAGACGAAACCAAAUUCAUUAAAAGAGGUUCAUUUGGUAAAUAAUGAUAUUAAUAUUGUCAGUAUGGCCAGUACUCUACUACAGUCUAUCCUCGACUCAAGUGAAAUAGAUAAGAUGACAGCAGAAGCUGUGAGUAAAUUUGAACUGAAAGAUAGUAAAGGUGAUAUUUUCAAUCGAGGUUUAACAGCUACAGGAGCUGCUGGAGCACGACCUAAAGAUGGUAGUAGUUUGCGAAGAUGUAAUUCUAUGGAUAUGUUACACAAUCAACCAUCUGAUACUUACUCUGGAACAUCUAUGACUAAAAGUUAUGAUACAUCGUCAGAUAGAAAAAAUGUUAUAGGAGCUGCAGGUAUUUCAGCAUCAACAUCAAGUAGACAACGUUCAAGUUCUCUUAGUCGACGAAGUCCAGAUAAAACAUUUACUCGGCCAGAUUCCCCUAAAAUGACAAGCUCUUUGGAACUGGCCAAAUCAUCACGAACCAGUGAUCCAAAAACAGCUCAACGAAGCAGCACAACACGUACAUACCCUGUUAAUGAUUCCACAGGGGCCACAGCGAGCAAUAUCUCCCAGUCGCUAAGGAAGACUAUCUCAAGUGCAAGUAAGAGUUCUAGAAGUUCGAUUUCACCACUGAAAGCUAUGCCAUUGUCUACUAGUACAGAUAGUAGAAAGUCGAAAGUUAGUGCAGCCUCAAGUACCAUGAAUGAUCGCCACCUUCGUUCUUUCGAUCAUUCAUCCCACUCUCGAUUCUCAAAUGAGUACCAAAGUCUUCCAGCUAACAUCAACAGACGAACCGGUUCCAGUAAUACAUGUGGAAUAUGUUUAGACGAGAUGACUAAUCCUAAAACAUUGCCAAAAUGUGGCCAUAAAUAUUGUAAUGAUUGCAUCCGCCAUGCUUUUGUAAAUAAACCUGUCUGCCCAGAAUGUGGAAUGAUUUAUGGAGUUAUCAUGGGAAAUCAACCAAAAGGAGGAAAGAUGAUUCAUAAAAUAAUCGUCUCCCAUAAACUGGAAGGAUUCAAGGAUGCUGAUGGUGUUUUGGAAAUUACCUACUCCUUUCAUGAUGGAAUACAAGAUGAGAGUCACCCAAAUCCUGGCCGUCCCUAUGAGGGUAUCCGACGUAGAGCCUAUUUACCCAAUAAUAAAGAUGGACAAGAUGUUCUGCAGUUGUUAUACAAGGCUUUUGAUGCACGUCUUAUAUUUACGAUUGGUGAUUCAUGUACUACGGGUAAAAGUGGGGUGAUAACCUGGAACGACAUACAUCAUAAAACUAGUAUGACUGGUGGAUCUACCAACCAUGGAUAUCCAGACCCAACCUAUUUACAUAGGGUUAAAGAAGAGUUGGCUAGUAAAGGAAUCACUAAAUAGAUUGGAUUGAUUAUAACUAAUAAUUAAUAAUAUUAUAAUUGUCUGGAUUGAUUAUAACUAUUUAUUUAUAUAUAUUAUAAUUGACUGGAUUAUAAUUAUUUAUUGAUAUAUAUACUCUUCAAAAAAAGUAGGGGAUAUUCAGAAACAAUACAAAACUGCGGAAAUGCACUGCUGUUUUUAUUGGAGGUAACCAGUAUAUGUUAAUAACAGGUCAAUUGCCUACACAUGAACAUAAAAAGUUCAUAUGGGCGGCUUAUCUGACGGCACCAUUUCACUGGCAAAGAGAUACACCAUCAAUGGUGAAAAUGGAUGUGUUUGAUUUUUGUCUUAAUAAUGACUAAUUGCUCGACCAAUCCUCAGACAUUCAGCAAUUCGUCGUGGAAUGCUCUUAAUCAACCGUCUAAUCACAAUUUGGUGCAAUCUGAUACACUCCACUUGCAGUGCCACGGAAAAUUCUUGCAGUGUUGUCGGUUGAGUUGACAUCGAAGAACACGUCUCCCGAUCAAAUUAAACUUAACACACUAAAGCAAAGAUACGCUAAAUGGUAAAUCUUAUGCAAGAACUGAUAGAAAAGCAAACAUGGGUAGAUAAACCAGCACACGGCAGUUUUCAUCAACCCUUCCUUGAAGUGUCAAAUUUGACAAUGAACCCCUUCCAUAUGUAUGGUGUUAUUGCAUGUCGCACAUGCAGCUCAAUGGUUCUGUUGGGGCGAUAAUUUCAUCUGUGAACAUAAACUCGAAGCAUGUCAAAUGUCCAUGAUUAUUUAUCAUAUAACAACCUGCAUAGUAAUUUGCAUUUCAAUAUCCCCUACUUUUUUUGAAGAGUAUAUAUUGUGCCAUAAACAGUAUUUAGUAAUAAAAUAUAUACUAGCAUUAUUGUGUGUAAUAUAUCCUGUAUGUAAUAUAAGUUAGUUUAUGAAUCAACCUGUAGGUGUAUUGGUUGAAACUAUUAUAAGUUAACAUAAUAAAGAGUUCAGUUAUUUUUUACAGUUUGAUAACAAGACCAUAAAGAUGUCUGGGACUACGGAACUAGUACCUAACAUUUAAUGGUAGAUAAAGAUCUGUUUUCCAAAAUAACAUAAACAGCAUAUUUAUUCAUUUAUACAAUUUAUUACGGGAAAAAAGAGUAGGCUGUAGUGCUGCUGUCCGCGCCAAAUUUCCCCAUAGCACUCUGUAUGGUGUAUGCCCGUCUUCAUUUACCCAGUUGGGAGUAGAACAGUCGUACUUUAAACCUCAUUUCAUUUCUGUUGUUUUGGCUGAUCAGAUGCGUUAUUUCAAUCAAUGGUGAACAUAUUAGAUUUUCGCUUCAAAAGAUUAAUCGAUUGACGUUUUGUUUAGUAAUUUUAGUUUUGUUUUUAGCUUCAAAUACAGAACACAAAAUCAGUUAUUGGCUUUAUCCGUGGACUGAACAUUUUAACUGUAGAUAGAAUGCCCUCUUUUCAAAACUAUUCAAAUUAAUUAAACUGACAAUUCUAUUUUUAUAACUCAAAUCAGACUGCACGUUUCAUUUUAUUACAAUAAUACAUUUGUACUUUUACGAAAAGAAUAUUAUUGAAGGUAUGUGAGGUAGGUAUAAGAGAUAGAAUAAUGGUUGUAAAAAAGAAGGUUUGGAUGUUGUUUAUUGUGUUUUUGGAAAACAGAUGUUUAUAUGUAAUUGCUGUGUAGUAUAAUGUACAUUUAUAUAAAGAAUCCGUCCAUUUAUACACUUUAUAUUAUAUUAUUGGAAAUUGGCAGCAAAUUUCUUCAUAAUAAUGAUGCUCAGUUUAUCAGUUUAAGAAAUGUUAGACUUUGUUCACAAUUCACAUACUUUUCGUGAACCUUUUUUAUCUACACUAUUUAGUUCAGUGAUUGAUGAAUUCCUCAGCCGCUAAAAUUUCUUGAAGAUUUUAACAGUUAAUUAAUUAAUAGCACCACUGAUACAACACUGUUUGUAUUCAUAUUGUAUGGUUUUCUGAAUAUUGAAAUAUUUUAAUCCCUGUUGCUAUGGAUUAAAUUUAUUAUUUGCCGCUUGGUUUCCAGGGGCUGUAGUCACUAACUAUGUAGCCUUUUCAUUAACUAAGAGGAUUUUAAGUUUUAAUGAAUAAAGCCACACCUCCACACUCUGAGUGUGAACAAAGUCCAAGAUCUUAAAGUAAGGAAUGGUAUGAUAAAUUGCAGUAUAUAUUUAUACUUAUAAAUAUACAAAAUAUAUGAUAAUAAUCAUAAAUUCUUUUAAUUUUAUCACUAUGAGUGUAUAUAAUUUAAGCUUAACUGUAAAAAAUUUGAGUGGAAUUUUUAAAGGUGUACAUACAAUAUGACAAAUGAAUAUUUUUUGUAACUUUUUCAAAUCAGUGCCUCGAAAAAAUCUUAAAGUAAGUGAACCUCUUUGGUUUAGAUAAUAAGAAAGUGUUGAAUUGGAUUGAAUUGAUGGGUUAUUUCGAUUAGUGAUUUGAUACAUUCUAGAGGUUUGAUACAUUGUAAAGGUUUGUUUUUACUAAUUUUAGUUUUAAUUUUAACACAUGAAGACUCGACUUUAGUUUUAUCUGAAUACUAAAACAUAUUAUCUCACAAAACAAAUUAACAAUAAAUUCAUUAAAGAUACAUUAUGGGAGAUAAGAUAAAGAGCUGGUAGUUCUCACUAUAAUAGUUAAAAAUAGAUAAUGUAAAGGGAAUUUGCUGAAAAAAUCAGUCAAAUUGAUCCACUAUGAACCGAGAAUUAAGCGAUUGAAAUUUCGGCCUAGCCUCGAUCAUCAUUACUAAAGUCUAUACGAUAAAAAAAACAUAGUCUCGAUCAUCCAUUUCAUGAUUAAAUUAUGAAUGGAAGUCUACUGUACAUUUAUAUAGUUUUCAUUAGUGAGAUGAGGAACCCUAUUCAGUUCAACGAUUUCUGAUAAUGACUUUGAUAUUGCAUUUGAUCAUUUUGUAGAAUUUUGUGAAUACUGUAUCAACAAAAGCUACCAUCACAUCUGAUUUGCUUAAGAAUUAUAUAUGCAUUGUUCAGAUUAGUGAACUUAAAGAGUCUUAAUGCAACAACCUGUGAGUAAAUCUUGGAAGAAUUAGCUGCUGUGGGUGUUUGUUAGCAACCUAUCUUUGUCUAAACUGUCAACUGUUAAUUAUAAACACAAAGUCAGUUCAUCUAUCUAAACAUUGGCACAGGGUAAAUCGUAGACAGAUACCCAUUUUAUAAAUGAAAUCAAUACAUCAAAUUUAAUUAAAUCAAAAUCAUGAAGGGUCUAGUUAUUUUUAGAUCAGUAUUCAUAAAGUUGUAGAAUUAACACAAGUGUAAGACUAUUUCUCAGUAUGAUAAAGUGUAUAUUCUUUGAAUGGCAUUUAGUAAUUGGGACAUAAUCGAAUAACACACUAUUUAUGGAUAACAAUUACUAUGGUUUAUUUCACUGCGACGUUUCAACAAGAUUUCACAAGACGUUUUCAAGCAUCCAUUAAUAGUGUGUUAUUCGAUGAUAAAGUGUACAUUAGAUUUAUACUAGCUCUAGUACAGCUUUAUAUAGUUUGCACAUAUAAAAAAUAAACAAACCAUCAUUUACUGAUUUUGUUAUGCUGUUUGAAUCUAUAUACCUAGUGAUUUGUAACUCUGCAUUUUGUUUUAUUGUAUAUUGGAAAAUGUUUCUUAUUGAUUGCGCUGAUUGAAUGGCGAAUAGCAAAAUACAAAAGUUUCUUUUCUGUAGUUUGAUCAACAAAGCAUUGUGCUGGAAAAUUAAACAAACAACAACUGAUACGUACAUCCAGGCCAGAAAGUAGCACCAUACCAUGCAUACAGAGCUCAAUCAGUUAAAACAAAACAGCUAUUUACUCAACUUUCAGUCACUGUUUAUGAGAAAUAUCUUUGAUCUAGAAACACAAAAGUUUGCACAUAGUUUCUUAUUGAUGUAUUUGAUACAUUUUAGUUAAAAUAAGGCAAACAAAUUUGAGUAAAUUCUUAAACUUAAGUCUGAGAAUGCUUUGUGAACUUGGGGCCAGGGUCAGUUAAACAUAUUGGAGGCAUUCAGUUAUGGUAAGUUAGGUUAUUUAGUAAGGAGAAAUAACUUUUGUAUUGCUGUAUGUCAACAUUAUAAAGUUGGGAUGUUUAUUUAUAUAUUUGGAUUUAUUUAUUUAGUGUUUAUAUUUAUUAGUUUAUAUACUCUAGGAUUGUUAGAUAUUAUUAUUAAUUAGUUUGUUAUAUAUUUUUAUUUUAAGCAAAACUUGUGAAUUAAUUAAAUAAACUCAAAUCUCUGUUAUCCCAACCAUAUUUUAGUCCCAAAAUGAUGUAAUUUAUGUUGAGUGGGCUGAGUCCCCUGGGCUGACUAAUAACAAAAUAUUUUAAAAGAAGGAAAAGUCACUGAGCUACGCAUUACUCCUAAUCAGCAUUUGAAGAAUGAAGAACACCAAAUUUGAAGACUACAAAACUUCUGCAAGAAAUUAAUUAUUUUUACCAUUUUGGAUUCAACAUCAUGUAUUCAAAAACAUGAUAAACAACUAAAGUUGUUUUUAUUGUUGUAUAAUAUUCCUGAAUUCCUUUAAAGAUUUAUUUAAAGAUGUAUUUUUCUAUGUAAACCAUGUGUCUAUAUUACUUAACAGCAUCAAAUAAUUUUUAUGGGAUGCUUUUACUUUGCUCACAUGAAUGUUAUUUAUAAAUAAAUGCUAAUUAUAUUGUUAAUUUACAAGGAGAGUAAGUUCAACUCAUAUGAAUAUUAAUUAUAAAUAAAUGAUAAUUAUAUUGUUAAUUUACAGGGAAGUAAGUUCAACUCAUGUGAUUAUGAAUUAUAAUAUCUUGUUAAUGUAUAAAAUAAGGAAAUUCAACUGCAGGUAUCUUUCUCCAGCAAAUCUUGCAUUACAAAAUGUAGAAAAGUAUUUUUUUGUAAGCCUCUCUCUCUCCCUCUCUCUCUACACAGAACAACCAUCUACACUACCCUUGUCUAAAAUACUUGACCUGAUUAACCUUUGUGAUGUCACUUAGUUCUCAGAUUAAUCAGUCUGCUGAUGCAGUCUAGUCACAAUUAUCUUAAUUUCAUUUAGGCAUAAAUUCUAUUUUGCAAACUUAUCUUUUUAAAGUUUUGUUGUGUUUCCAAUUUUGCAAAUAGACAGGGUAAUGUAUGAUAUUUUGUUUUAUAAAAAAAAGAAUAAUAUGCAAAUAAAAUAAAUGUAAAAAUCAAGCCACAUGUACAUGAAAUUACAGAAGUUUUAUGAUUUGGAUAACCUUAGAAAGAACUUAGGAACUAUAUUUUGAUCAUAGGUUAGAUGAGGCUUUGCAGAGAUUAAGCUGUGAUCUUUUGUGACAAUCUUUCCCUGGUCAAGUCACAUUUACAUGAAAUUACAAAAGUUUUGUAAUUUGGAUAACCUUAGAAAGAACUAUUUGGAUCAUAGUUUAGAUGGAGUUUUGUAGAGACUGAGCUCUGAUCUUUUGAAGGCUCACUAUAAUUCACAGUUUUCCUGUUGUACUGUCUCAGUUACUCAGUUGAAUUUAUUUGUCAAGUUUGUAAUGUGUAUUUUAGUUGUUUAUAAUGUGUCUCAGCUAUUACCAAAACUUAUCAUACUUUGGGUUUAUUUCAUUCUUAAACUCUUGUGUACCAGUAUGUAUAUCCAUUUAGUAUUUUGUUGAUUAUUGAGAGUGAGAAUAUUUUUUUUUAUGUGGCCUUAAGUUUGGCUUUUUAUCUUUACAAUAUGCUGAUCUAACCUAUUCCUUUUACUGAAAUUUUAAUUGACUUCCUUUAACAUUAAAGUACAAUAAAAAAAAUAUUGAUGUUGAAUACAGGAUAUGUUGUAUGAUCAGGGGUUGUAAAAAGAAUGAACAUAACAUGCCUGGUCACUAUCUUAAUUCAGCAACUCAUGUAACAAUGAUUCUAGUUGAACUAUAAACAGAAAGAUGUGGGAAGUUAAACAGUACUAAUUAACAGUGAAUCAGUGUUCACACCUUCACAAACUUUAAUUCUAGAACAUAUUUAUUUUAUUGCUUAUUUUUGUAAGAACAAAAUAUAAUAAAUAAAUUAGCAUUAAAAGUCA